AUGAAUUCCAGUGACUACAGGGCAACAGCUCUUCUCUCAGAACACUUGGGCUUUGCACCUUUGACUUUAAUCGACGAAGUUAUCAAUGAUGUCAAUCAGAUCAUGUACAAUUGCACAGAUGCAUUGGAACGGUUUCUUUUGAAGCGGCGAGAAGUACAAGUGCAAGCACUUCAAAAUGCAAAACAGGGAUCUGGAAGUAAUCCAAAUCCAAUGAAUGGUGAUUAUGUCAGCUCUUCUGUGUUUCCGUUAGAAGAAAUCAAGCUGGGUGCAGCAGAGUUGGAAACCCUUUUGGUUUCUCAUGUUGACAAAAACUUUGACAAGUUUGAGCUCUAUACUCUUCGAAACAUUUUAACUAUCCCGAGGGAUCUUGUUGAAGGCGGCUGGAUAAGGCUCAAGCACCAUGAAGGACUUGAUCUAGGCUUAUCUUUAGAACUGAGUGAUGGGAGCAAUGCUAACGAAGUUAUGAAACAACUUAUUUCAAAUAUCAACCUCGAACUUCAGCUACGCAAAAUUCUCCUUUUGCAAAAAGCGAAGGCCACAAAGAUAAUCGGAUUGCUUAGGCAAUGCAAACUCUGCAUUGAAAAAGUCAUUCUGGCUAACAGUGGAACAUUACUUCCAGCUGAUGUUGCCAAAAUAUUGAAGCAACACUUGCAGCCUAUAAAUGAAAAUGUUUACUACCUCCUAAAUCAGGUGGAUGAGCUACUACUACAAGUUUUAAAAUUAAAUGAUAAAUUCAUGAAGGACAAGUCCUUGGAGGGUGUUCGGGACUUACGUUUCACUCCUACCAAUAGAGACUGUUAUGUUCAUGACAAGACGGUGCGAAUCUUGGAACAAAUAGGAAUUUUGGGUCCAGACGCCGGACAUAAUUCUCUGGCUACUGUUUUGUACUCUGCCUAUGCACACACAUAA